GCGUGUGUCAGCGCGCAGCAAAGUAUAAAAAAAAAAGAAAAUCACAAUAAAAAAUCAACUUAAGCGUUGCCACAACACAAUUUCAAGCGACACAAUAAAAUUAUGUUCACCUAAUGCGGCAAUAAUUGAGCGAGAUUUCAGCUAAUUUAAAUGCUAGUGCAUACUCAUUAAUACGAAUAUAAUACAUAAACAAAGUGUUUUGAAUAAUUGAUAAAAGCAUCGCUGAGUGGCAACAGUUCCUUCCUUUUUUUUGUCGAAUGAUAUCGAUUUUCCGUUACAUCGUUAUACACACACUCUGACCGAGUUUAUACACGCCCCUCUUUAAGACCAACCACCACAACCUCCCCAAACACACACAGCCACAGACACAUACAUACGCACACAGCCAGCCAGGGGCAGAGGCUGCACUCCUCACUCCUGUGUGUGGGUGCGUGUGUGCGGAGUGAAAGUCAACAUUGACUAAUUGUUGCUUGUUGUUGUUGACUGUGGGAAACUGUAAAAUCGGAAAAGUGGGAAAGGCGUGUUUGAUAAAAGGUUUAUUAAUUAAUUUCACGCCGUAACGUCGCAUUAAGAAGCAUGAUUUAUAUGGCACUGAUUCAAUAGGGACGGACAAACAUUUUAGGGACACAACUGUAUAUAGCAUUAACGGCUUAGUGGAAUCACACCAAUCGCUGCUUGAGUAGAGCUGAGCUUUGCUGUCCGUGCGAGUGUGCGUGUCAACAUGGUAGGACAAAUGCGGCUGCUAUUCCAAUGUACGCAUACAGUGGGCGUCGUAAGCUGUUUGAUGCUGGCUCUGCUGGUCCAGACAAUGGCGCAGGGUACACCGCAACAGGUGUGCCCGGAGCAGGCUGAUAUUGCUCCCUGUAUAUGCACCGUCAAGAAGAAUGGACUGGAUGUAUUGUGCGAGACGACGGACCUGUCGCAUAUUGCCAAAUCCAUGGGCACAUUGAAGGGCAAAAGUCCAAUCAUAUUCUAUUUGAAGCUGCGACACAAUAAUUUGCCCAAGCUGCAGGGAUUUGUAUUUCUGGCUCUAGACAUACGUCAUCUGACAAUACACAACAGCAGUUUAGCAGCCAUCGAGGAGAAUGCAUUAAGUUCGCUUGGAAAAGGACUCACACAGCUGGAUGUUUCAUUAAAUCAAAUGAAAACGGUUCCAUCGCAAGCUUUGCAACAUUUAUAUCAUUUGUUGAUUUUGAACUUGAAUCACAACAAAAUCACCGUAAUUCAUAAUAACGCUUUUGAGGGCCUGGACACGUUGGAGAUUCUAACGCUCUAUGAGAACAAAAUAUCACAGAUUGAUCCUGAAGCGUUCCGCGGGCUAGAGAAAAAACUGAAGCGCUUGAACCUGGGUGGUAAUGAGCUUACAAGUGUGCCACAAAAAGCGCUCUCCAUACUGGAUACGCUAAAGAAACUCGAGAUACAGGAGAACAAAAUACGAACGAUCAGUGAAGGAGAUUUUGAAGGUCUUCAGAAUUUGGAUUCUUUGAUAUUAGCACAUAAUAUGAUUACAACUGUGCCUGCAAAUGUAUUCACACACUUGAGUCUACUCAACUCGCUGGAGCUGGAGGGCAAUAAGAUUAGUGUAAUUGACAAAGACGCGUUUAAGGGACUAGAGGAGAAUCUGCAAUAUUUACGUUUGGGCGAUAAUAAUAUAAAUGCCAUACCCAGUGAGGCAUUGCGCCCAUUGCAUCGUCUACGCCAUUUGGAUUUAAGAAAUAACAAUAUCAAUGUGCUGGCCGAUGAUGCAUUUACUGGAUACGGCGAUUCCCUCACCUUCCUUAAUCUGCAGAAGAACGACAUUAAAGUACUGCCCAGUACCCUCUUCGAGAACCUCAAUUCGCUGGAGACAUUAAAUUUGCAGAAUAAUAAAAUGCAACGCAUUCCACAGGAUACAAUGGAACCGGUCAUCGAUACAUUGCGCAUAAUUGAUAUCACUGACAACCCAUUAAACUGUUCGUGUGAAUUGAUUUGGUUCCCUAAGCUGCUGGAGGAUCUGAAGAACAAGGACGAUGAAAUGUCACAAAAGAAGAAGCCACUGUGCCACAUGUCGUUGGAUAAUCGCGAAUAUUUCGUACAAGCGAUGCCCAUCGAGAAGAUGCACUGUGCUGGCCUCAAUGUGAGUCCCUCACCCACCAGCGGCGGUCUAAUGCGGAUACUGCAAGUGAACAUUUUGGCCCAAUUGGCCAUGGGUAGCGUGGCCUUUCUGAGUAGCAUUUAAAUAUAAAUGCGAAGCUCCCUAACUAAAAGCAGCAUACGCAAACGUAUCGUAAUUGCAUUCACACAUUUCCCGUUUUUGUUUUGUUAUGUUUGCUCUGCUCCGUUUAUCCAUAUUGAUGGAUCAUCAUUAGAUCAGAUCAGAUCAUUAGCCGAAGUGAUACCUAUUAAGCCCAGCCAUACCAGCCCACCCCGCUCCCCCGAUUCCCAAUUCCCAAAUGUCCAAUUUUAUGUAUGUCUACAAGCCAUUUCUGUGUUGUUGUAUUGUAUUUUUUAUUAUAGAUAAUAGUGAAUCCGUGAAUUAUGCAACUCUGGCAAUUGUUAGACACAAUAUGCACGCAACAACAGCAACAACAACAACUUCCCACUCAAAAACAAACAAGCUGCAAUAUCACCCGCAAGUGCCCCAUCGAAACUGAAUUACACAAAAAUGCAAGACAAAAUCUAAAAGCAAAAUAACUAUUAUAAAAAGCAAACACCCACCUUGUUAAAUUAUAUAUCGUUGUGAUGCCAAUAUAAUGAAUUGUGCUAUAAAGACAGAGAUAAUUUCGAAAGGUAAUCAUAAAAUAUCCAUUUAAUACGCACACAGAACAUUUCAGACAUUCGAAACAGUAGCCCGACAAAAA